AUGAAGUUUACUGUAAUACUCGUUAUCGCCUUAACGAUAUUCGCACGAGCCUCCUGUGGUGGUGCAGGAGGUGAAUCUUUUACUGGUAACAGGGAUGAGUGUCCUCUCUCUAAGGAGAGCAGGGAUAAGCUGAUGGAGAAGAUGGACGAUGUUGGUAUCAGAGACGCUGUGAAGAACGCCAGUAAUAAGGCUGGAGAACUGAAAGACGACGUAACCUGUAGCAAAGGUGCAAGGAAGUUCAGUGAAAAAAUGAAUGAAGCUGGAAGACGAUCGAAAGACAUUGCGGAAAAGGCCAGAGAUAAGGCUGAAGAAUUUGUCGAUGAUAUCAGCGAUUGUGAUUACAUGGAUACUGCUAAAAGGAAGUUAAACGAUGCUGGAGAAAACGCCAAGGAGACCGCAUGUGAGGCCAGAAGAAAGGCCAGAGAAUUCAUGGAAGACUUGAAUAACAACGAAUACGUGGAAGCAGCCAAGGAAAAGAUGAACGAAGCAGGAGAAAGCAUCCGAGAUACUGCAGGACAGGCUCGUGGGAAGGCUGAAGAAAUGAAAGACGACUUUGAAAAUGCUGGAUACUGGGAAAUGGCUAAGGAGAAGUUGAGUAAUGCCGCAAGCGCCCUGAGAAAUGUUGCAGGCCUGGGUGGUGAUAAGGUUGAAGAGGUUGAAGAACAGGCUGAAGAAGUCAAGGAGGAAGCCUCUGGAUAUACCGAUAUGGCGAAGGAAAAGCUGAGCAAUGCCGGUGGUGCUAUUAAAGACGCUGCAGGAACGGCAGGCCAGAAGGUUGUGGAAAUGAAGGAUGAACUAACUAAAGAAGAAAAUGUGGAAUACGCUAAAGAAAGGCUGGCUGCAGCUAGCCAAGCU